AUGGUGAACGGCACAUUCCACAAUGACUUCCAAAUUGUGCCAUUUUUCUACAAAACUGGCAAUAGAUCAUUGGCGCUUAGCAUUUUUUUCAUUAUAUAUUUAAUUGGUUUGCUAAUGAAUUUCCUCCUCUUGACUGUGAUAUACAUUAAUGAUCACUUGCACACCCCUUUGUAUAUUUUUCUCUGCAAUCUGUCCUUUGUAGAUAUAUGUUCCACCACAGCCACUGUCCCUAAACUGCUGGUCAUGCUCCUUUCUGGAAACAACACAAUCUCCUUCAUGCAAUGCUUCUCUCAGACAUACUUUUUUCUGCUGGCUGCCAGUGCAGAGGAUAUAUUAUUAUUCGUCAUGGCGUAUGACCGUUAUGUUGCGAUAUGUAACCCUUUACACUAUCACCAUCUGUUAAGGAAGAAAAUUUGUAUCUUCUUUAUAUUCGCGAUUUGGCUAUCGGCAUCAUUCAAUUCCUUGGUAAUGACUGUCCCGGUAUCGAUGAUGUCCUUCUGCCAGUCUAACGUAAUCAAACAUUUCUUUUGUGAGGCUAAAUCUCUCACAAACCUUUCAUGUGCUGGCAGAGAAGUGUUUUACUACAUUGUUUAUAUCAUAGCUUUAUUUGGAAUUUUACCAUUUAUGUGCAUUUUGACAUCUUACACAAAAAUUUUAAAGGUGAUAUUGAGUGUUAAGUCUUUGGACGGCAGAAGAAAAGCAUUUUCCACAUGUUCCUCUCACCUUACUGCCAUUGUAAUUUUCUACUGUACGGGAACAACUGUAUACAUGAUACCAGCAUCAGAAAAAUACAAUGUCCUGGAACAGAUCUUCACUGUCCUGUAUACAACAAUCAUACCUUUGCUGAACCCUUUAAUAUACAGCUUGAAGAAUCAAGAUGUAAAGGGGGCAAUGACCCAAAAACUGCAUCUCUAUCGUCACAGGGAUUUGGAUUUCGGGAUGUCUAAAUUCAUUGGUAAUCACAGUUGCAUUAUCAUACGUGUCCUUUCGCAUUUCACAGACUAUUCACCAGUUUUUCUGUGA